UCUGCAUGUAUCUAGAUCCUACGGGAUCAACAACCGCCAACUGACGAAAAUUAAUGGACUCGGGCAAUUCCAACCAUGACUCUCCUGCGAAACGCCAGAAACUUACCACCCGCGCCCAUGAGCUUGGGGUAAUGCGCAAGUCGACGGACAACGGAUCCGCAUCGUUCCUGGGCUCUUCCAGUGGCAUCCACUUUAUUCGCGUCGUCUACAAUGCUUUUGCCCGUCGGUCUGCUCAUCUGAACCAGCCUCAGCAGGUCUCCAAAGACUCGCAAGUCCCGGGGGAGGACGACCAGCUGCAGCACCAGCACCAUCAAUACUGUCGCGAUCUUUGGCUACCCCAUGAACUGGAUCUCCAGCCCGCCUCGUCUUCACUUUCCUUCGAUUCGCUGGUGCUGUGGUGUCGCAGCUACUUUGACAGCUGGCAUCCAAUGUUUCCUUUUCUCUCCGGACCAGCAUUUCUCAUUAUCCUAGAGCAAAUCAGUCGCGACGGGUUCAGCAAUCUCCCCGCUGCAGAUGCGAUCCUCGUCCGCUCAAUUAUGUCCAUAUCCUUGAUGGACCGUCGCCAGAUCAAUGCAGCUGGCUUACAGCCCCGAGUACUGCCAGGUUUGGUGUUUGGCUCCGUGCAUCAGGCCAUGGAGAGUUUACACACCCUCUUUUGCGAUCCUCCAACCGUAUCCAUCCUCCAGGCAGCGUUCAGCGUCCAGCUAUUCCUCACUUCGUUGCUACGACUGAAUGCUGCUUCGCGGGUUGGCGGGGUCAUCAUCCGCACAGCCUUCCAUCUAGGCCUGCACCGCUGUCCUGUACGGUUCUCCUGUUUCAGCCCUCUGGAAAUGGCCACUCGUCGUCGAUUAUUCUGGUCUAUCUACUGUCUUGAACGAUAUCUGUCUCAGGCACUAGGCAUUCCCCUUGGCAUUCGAGAUGACGAUAUCGACGUAUGCUACCCUAACGCAGAGCGACAUGGCCUCGCAGACGAGGACAGCAGACUCCGCCUCCUAGCCCACCUAGCCAAAUUUGCCCGCGUCCGCGGCCGCAUCGUCGAACUCCGCAACAAAUCCAUCCUCCACAGAGACGACUCGAUUGACGCCACUCAGGUCCACGGCGAACUAACUCAAUGGUGGAACGAAGUCUACGACGACGUCUACCCGAUCGAAACCGCCGACGACAGCAACCCGGCAGAGCCUACCCUCGCACCAUUCCACCGACUCCUCCUCACCGUUCUCCGCCACGAAUCCAUCAUCUCCAUGAACCGCCCGCUGCUGGCAGCUAAGGCAUCUUCACCGGAGUACCGCACGGCUCUGCAGAUCUGCAUCGAGUCGUCGCGGUCUUUACUCACCUCCCUACGGCAGUACCUCUCCAGCGAUCUCUCGGAGACGUCUGUUCCGCUGGUGUGGCCGUCCUUCACCUGGGCUGUAUGGAUGAGCUGUCUAAUCCUGCUCUACGCAGCAUGGGAGGGUGAGUUUCCGGCUCCUUCGGCUUCUCGAUACUCCAAAAGCGGCCUCACAAUUCUCCAAGCCCUCUCCCGUCGCGGAAGCACCUGGCCUCAAACCUGCAUCGAAGCCAUCCGCGACCUCGACUCAGCUCUCGCCACCUCAAAUCAGAGGCACGAACCACCCAUAGCAGGCCCUCUCAGCAAUGAUGCCCUCGACCCGGGCAUUCCCAUUGACGCACCGUCCCAGCCACAACCCCAAGGGUCCUCAGCGCCAGGAGACCCUUUGCUGCCUGAUAGUCUACCCACCGCUGCAGGGAGUACGCAAUGGAACAACUCAUCCAUGAUAUUCGGAGACCGCAUAUCGGGCAUGAACACGAGCAGCACCAGCAAUCCAGGAGCUAGCGAAUUCAAUCUUCCCGAGAUAUUUCCGCCGGGGACUAACGGUGGUGGCGAGAUGGAUUUCGGUGAUUUUUGGAGUUUGGCGGAUGGGCCUUGGUUGAUUCAUGAGGGGGGUAGUGGAGUUUACUAAUUUCGUAUGACUGGUUGUUAUUUAAGGAGGUUAAUGUGUAUAAUACUGUAUAAUACUAUUUCUACG